AUGGGCUGCGAUGUGCAGGAGCUGCGCGGCGUGGCCCUGGCCGAACUGCCCAACCACCAGCUUCGCUUCAUCACAUACGGCAGCAGCCAGCACGCCCAGUGGGAGGGCGACUGGGGCGCCGGCGAGAGCCGCGCGGCCAACGCGGACCGCCUCGCGGAAGCGGGCGCAUUAUCGACCCCCCCGGCGCCGCCCAACCUCAUCUCAGCGGGAGUCCGGGUGGUUCAGGCACCGGCGUCCUACGCCCUGCCGGUGACGCAGAAGAAGCCUUUCAGGACGCCGUUCAAGGUGCGCAUCCCCCCACCGCCUUCAUUUGCCGACGAUCCCGGACCCCAACAGGCAGUGGAAGGGUCCCCGUACGGGUCGGGGUCGUUUUGUGUGAGUGGCAAAUGCACUCGCGCUGUCCAGGCGCCCGCGGCCCGCUGCGUGCGGGUGACACGCAGAAGCGGGCAUCGCCGCUCAAGGCACGUGUCCCACAACCCACCCACGCCCCAGCGCCCUAGUUUGUUGCUGACGACCUCGGACCGCCAGAGGCGGCAGAGGGCGUUCCUGUGGGGGCGGAUGGGGCGGAUUGACCUGUGA